UUACGAGGCUGUCCGUGUAGGAAAGCAACACUUUAAUAAUGUCAGCGCGACCACAAAGGCGAAAUUAAUUAUCGGUGCUUUAUCUACAGCGGAAAUUAGUCGACAGAGGGUGAAGUAACGAUAGCGACGCGGCCGGUUUACUCUUGUUGCAAACCGCUGUGACAGUUUCAUCAGCAGCCAUCUGAGUAAGGGGAGGAGUUCCACACAUGCAGAGCCCACCUCUGUUCAAGUUUUUGUCUGAAAAAUGAAGGAAUAAGGGGUUAAAGAAGAUGAACAAGACUCUAUAGAAGACGUUACACAGGGCAGGUACAUACACAGGACAAGCUAAACUGGAACUUCAAGAGGUCAAUAAAUAAUAAAGGCAUUAAACGCACCAUGCUGCUGCAAAGGCUGAGGCUGUGUUCAGGGGGCUCACUGGAUUUCCAGAGACACGUAUGCCGGUUACUCACCAGACCUCUGACACAAGUUCCCCAGGGGAGAGCUCACGCCGGCUCCUUUGCACACCGCGGUGAACUGCGUCAGGCCAAGAGGAUCGUGGUCAAGCUCGGCAGUGCUGUGGUCACCCGCGGCGAUGAAUGCGGCCUGGCUCUGGGGAGGCUGGCCUCCAUUGUGGAGCAGGUGGCCAUGCUGCAGAAUCAAGGCAGGGAGAUGAUGAUUGUCACCAGUGGAGCGGUGGCCUUUGGCAAGCAAAGAUUGAGACACGAGAUCCUGCUGUCCCAGAGUGUCCGACAGGCGCUGCACUCAGGACACAAUCAGCUCAAAGACAUGUCAUUGCCAGUGCUGGAAGCCCGGGCCUGUGCUGCAGCUGGACAGAGUGGCUUGAUGGCCCUGUAUGAGGCCAUGUUCACCCAAUACAGCACUUGCACUGCGCAGGUCCUGGUGACAAAUCUGGAUUUCCAUGAUGACGACAAGAGGCAGAACCUUAACAGCACGCUGCAGGAGCUGCUGCGUAUGAACAUCGUGCCCAUCAUCAACACCAAUGAUGCUGUGGUGCCCCCGCCGGAGCCCAACAGCGACCUGCAGGGGGUAAAUGUGAUCAGCAUUAAGGACAACGACAGUCUGGCGGCGCGGCUAGCCGUGGAGAUGAAGGCCGACCUGCUCAUCGCGCUGUCUGACGUGGAAGGAUUGUACGACAGCCCUCCUGGAACAGAUGACGCCAAGUUAAUUGACAUCUUCUACCCUGGAGACCUGCAGUCCAUCACCUAUGGCACAAAGUCCAGAGUCGGGAUUGGAGGCAUGGAGGCCAAAGUCAAGGCUGCACUCUGGGCCCUGCAAGGCGGCACCUCCGUGGUCAUUGCAAAUGGCACCCACCCCAAAGUAACAGGUCAUGUCAUCACUGACAUAGUGGAGGGCAAGAAGGUGGGAACCUUCUUCUCUGAGAUCAAACCUGCAGGCCCAACUGUUGAGCAGCAGACAGAAAUGGCACGAAACUGUGGAAGAACCCUCGCAUCUCUGCACCCAGACCAGAGGAGUGAGAUCAUCUGCCAUCUAGCAGAGCUGUUGAUUGAGAGGAAGGAUGAGAUUCUGGCUGCCAACAAGAUGGACAUGGACCUGGCUGCAAGUGCAGGCCAUUUACCACCAGCCAUGCUAAAGCGUCUGAGCUUGUCACCAGUCAAACUGAACAGCUUGGCCAUAGGUCUGCGCCAGAUCGCUGUGGCCGCCCAGGACAGUGUGGGCCGUGUGCUGCGCCGCACCAGGGUGGCUCACAACCUGGAGCUGGAGCAGAUCACUGUGCCCAUCGGAGUUCUUUUAGUCAUCUUUGAGGCCCGACCUGACUGCCUGCCUCAGGUGUCAGCAUUAGCCAUAGCCAGUGGCAACGCCCUCCUGCUGAAGGGAGGCAAAGAGGCAGCCAACACCAACCGCGUCCUCCACCAGCUCACCCAGGAAGCCCUUUCCAUGCAUGGAGUCAGAGAGGCUGUGCAGCUGGUGAGCACUCGUGAGGAGGUGGCGGAUCUGUGCAGGCUGGACAAGCUGAUCGACCUGAUUAUCCCUCGAGGUUCAUCCCAGCUGGUGCGGGAAAUUCAGCGCGCAGCCAAGGGCAUCCCGGUGCUGGGUCACAGCGAGGGAAUCUGCCACGUCUAUGUCGAUGCAGACGCCAGCGUUGACAAAGUCCUCAAAAUCGUCAGAGACUCCAAGUGUGACUACCCAGCUGCAUGUAAUGCCAUGGAAACUCUGCUGAUCCACAGGGACAUCCUCAGGACGCCACUGUUUGACCAGAUCAUUGACAUGCUGCGUACUGAGCGGGUGAAGAUUCAUGCAGGCCCUCGGUUUGCCUCCUACCUGACAUUCAGCCCAUCAGAGGCAAAGUCUCUGCGGACAGAGUACGGUGACCUGGAGUGCUGCAUGGAGGUGGUGGACAGCAUGCAGGAGGCUGUGGAUCACAUUCACAAGUAUGGCAGCUCCCACACAGAGGUUAUCGUCACAGAAAACGAGGACACAGCAGAGCAGUUCCUGCAGAUGCUGGACAGCGCCUGUGUUUUCUGGAACGCAAGCUCACGUUUCGCUGAUGGCUACCGCUUUGGACUGGGAGCAGAGGUAGGUAUUAGCACAGCUCGCAUCCACGCCCGAGGCCCUGUUGGCCUGGAGGGGCUGCUCACCACCAAGUGGGUCCUGAGAGGUGACGGGCACACAGCAGCUGACUUCUCUGAACACGGUACCAUGAAGUACCUCCAUGAAAACCUGCCUGUCGGGCAGCCUCUUGCUGGGCAGCGGGACAGCAACUAGACCAGAGACUUUCAGAGCACUCGCUUGGCCUUAACGUUGGUCAAAGUGGUGUGCCCACCAGCAGAUCCCCCGGGGGUCUUGUCGCAGAUAAUGGCUGAUGUCACUGUUUUUACACCUCUGAAACACACGGCACGCAGAGAGACGCUUAACAAACCAAUGGUCCGUAUUAUCAGCCCAACUGUAAAGUUGUCCCUGCUCAGACUUUACUAGUGUUCAAGGGUUAAGAUUUCACAAAUGUUUUAAAUACUACCUCAGCAUAUAACAACACAUAAUACCUCCACAAUAAUACAUGAAGUGGGGAAACUGAGCAAGAGGGGAGUUUAACUAGGAUUACUGUAAGACAGUAAAUACACACUAGUUAUCAUAUAUCAAAGGAAACUGAAGUGCUUGAAAUGAUGAUUUUUCUUGAAUGAAGUAGUCUCAGGACAAGAGACUGACACUAAGUCACAGAAGAAAUUUAAUUUCAUCAUGUCCCAAACAUCAAAACCAAAACGUACGUACUAAUUUUACUGUGUAAAGCCACCCAAAAGCCAAUGUAGCCAAUAAAAACACAGUAAUGUGAUGUCUUUUUCUGAAAUAGAUUUUAUUUGAUAUUGCAUAUCAGUCGAGUCUCUCAGAAAAAAACACUUCAGCUAUAACUGUACAUGUUAUGUAGCUGAAGGCCCAGUUUUAUUUCAGGUGCAUUGGCUUGUUACCCACAUGGUUCAUUCUCAUUGUACUGUAAGUGCUUUCUUUGUCCAUGCAACAUUUUUUUUUCUUUUAUUGCUGUAAUUUCAGUUUGAAUUUUACUGAUAAUGCUGAUGAAGGUUAUUUCACAUAUGGACUAACGCCAGUACAAAUUGGCACUUGAUAGUACAUUUAAAAAAAAAAAAAAAAUCCUGGAGUCUUAUAGACGUCCUGUAUUAAAA